AUGUCUCCAAAAACAAAAGCAAACGUUGCCAAACCUAAGAGGCCUACCUAUGAAGAUAUGAUUUAUGAAGCUAUUGUUGCUUUGAAAGAACGUAAAGGAAGUAGUCGCCAGGCUAUAAAGAAAUAUCUUAUAAACACGUAUAAAGUUGAGGAUAAUGCUACUUUGACCCAAAGUUUUCGCAGAGCGCUUACUAGCGGUAUCGAAAAAAACCGUUUUGAAUUUUAUAACGAUCCGAAGGGCACUAUCAAGAUCAUUAGAAAAGAUGUUGAUGGUGUUAGAAGACCAACAGUUCCUAAAACUUCUAAAACUAAGCCUGUGAAGACAGCUGCGGUUGAAAAGAAAGUUUCUAAACCCACGUCUGAUAAAAAGACCUCUACUACAAAGAGUACCAGGAAGAGUACCACCAAGGAUACCGAAAAAGAUACAAAGGCUACCCCAAAGCGUGCCACCAGGAGUACUACGAAGAGUACUGAAAAAUCUUCCGUUGUUACAAGAUCGGCCUCCAAAGAUGUUGAAAAACAAUCCAAGUCUUCUACAUCUCCAAGGGCUAAGACUUUAAGGAAGAAAGCUACUAAGGAUGACGCUUAA